UAUGAAGAAAAACUUCAUUUGCAAUUUGCAGGCAGCAACGUUAAAUCUGAAUCAAAAGGCGUGUCCGUAUUUUCUUUCCACUUGAAGAUCAGUGUGUCUGUGUGAGUGUGAAUAAAUAUAUUUUGAGGCAUCAUGAGCACACUUGUUCGCAACACCACCCUCACCUUCAGCCGCAGAUACAGAUACGAGGUUCUUGGUCUGCAGGGCAACAAAGACAAGAUGCUGAAAUCCAUCAGCUACAGACGCAGAAGGGCCAAGCAAAGGAAAGUCUUUCUCACUACCUACAAGCUUUCUUCCUUGGACAGUAACACUUUUGUCGAGCCUCAAAAGCCUAAGCUAAAGCUCAAGAAGGUUGCCGUUAAGGUCAAGAAGAUUAUGGCCUCGGUUUUGAUGUUCAUGCGAGUUGGUUCUCUCAGGUCCUGCGCUUCUAGGCCUGCUAUUUCUGAUGGACCUUCGCCACUUCCUAAUAGGAAAAACCUUUGAUGAUGAUGAUGAUGAUGAUGAUGAUGUUGGCUCUUACUGGGUUUAGGAUGAUUUAUAAUUUCUCUCUAGGAUUUAAGAAUACAUUUAUGUGGCAGAUGAUGG